AUGUCUGACUCUGAAAACGAAGAUAAACCAAGUUACCUUGAUGAAGAACUUCUCGAAGUGGAAGCCGAAGAAGACGCCACUAUGCAAGAUGAACAAGGUGAUUCCUCAUCAAAAACCGAUAAAAAAAAGAAAAAGAAGAAGGAACAAUCUAUCGUUCAAGAUCACGCUGCUAUCACAGCAAAUAUUGAAAUUCAUCUCGGACCUGAUGCUUCCGUUUCUACUUUUAUCUUCCACAAGGAAAGCCACACAAUGGGUAACUCUGUUAGACACAUGUUAAUGAAGAAUAAGAAAGUUAGCUUCUGUGGUUACACUGUUCCUCAUCCACUUGAAGCCAAGAUGAAUUUGAGACUCCAAACUGUUGGUGAAAAGUAUACUGCAAAGGAAACUCUUGAAGAAGGAUUAGUUAAUUUACAACAAGUUACAGAGACUGUCAUGUCAAAGUUUGAUAAUGCACUUGCUGCCUUUACGGAUUAAAUUUUGGAAAUCAUCCUUUUCAAUAUUAAUUAAUAAUUAUUAUUGGAGGAUCGUAUCGGAAUGAUCAUUUAACACCUAGAGUUGUGUCUGUCUCGUAUGGACACAAAAACCAAAUCUAACCUAUAAAUUAUUUUGUAAAUUCUUCAAAUAAAUUAUCCAACAGAAAAAAGUUUUAAAAAA